AUGUCACUGCUCAAUUAUACCUACUCCCACCCUUCCACCUUCAUCCUGCUGGGCAUCCCAGGGCUGGAAGCUGCACACGCCUGGAUCUCCAUCCUCUUCUGCACCGUCUACAUCAUAACACUGCUGGGGAACUGCACCAUCCUGCUCAUCGUCAAAACAGAGCCCAGCCUCCACCAGCCCAUGUUCUACUUGCUGUGCAUGCUGUCAGCCGUCGACCUGGGCCUCUCUACUGCUACAGUGCCCAGAAUGCUGGGCAUCUUCUGGUUCAACUUCAGAGAGAUCAGCUUUGGUGGCUGCCUCACCCAGAUGUUCUUCAUUCACACGUUCACGGGAAUGGAGUCAGCCGUUCUUCUGGCCAUGGCCUUUGACAGAUAUGUGGCCAUCUGUGACCCUCUGAGAUACACUGUGAUCUUAGCAAAGAAGAGAAUUGCACUGAUAGGCCUGGUGAUUAUAUUGAAGCCAGGAGUCCUCAUUUUCCCCAUGGUAUUCCUGGUUGACCGUCUGCCUUUCUGUAGAGCCCAUGUCCUUGCCCAUUCCUACUGCGAGCACAUGGGAAUUGCAAAGCUGGCCUGUGCAGACAUUAGGGCCAAUGGAGAAUAUGACUUGUUUUUAGUUUCCCUCUUAGUGAUGGAUCUGAUCAUGAUUUUCUUGUCCUAUGUUCGUAUACUACAGGCCGUCUUCCGGCUCCCAUCCAAUGGCGCACGCCUCAAAGCUCUCAGCACCUGUGGCUCCCACAUGGUCGUGAUGUUCAUAUUCUACACCCCGGUGCUUUUCUUGUACCUCACACACAGGUUCGGCCAGCAGAUUCCCCAUUCUGCCCACAUUCUGGUUGCCAGUUUCCAUAUCCUCAUGCCCCCUAUGCUGAACCCAGUCAUUUACGGGGUGAGGGCAAAGGAGAUCCGUGAGAGGGUCGAGAAACUUCUAGUAUUCAUGUAUACCUAUCCCCAUAUACAAGCAGCCUUAAGCAAUUCAUAAUGUCUCAGCAACUUUCUUAUCAGCACGGUUAACAAGCACCAGAACUAGGAGACAGGGGGAGUCAAGAACAUACAAAGAACAGAAACAGGGAGUGGAGGCAGUAUGUCUCCUACUCUAUCUUCUGAGCACACUGU